AGUCGGGAACCACAGCACAACAUGUUGGAGACCGUAGCCGAGCCGUUCAGCUCAGAGUUAACUUUUUUAAUCCCGGUUUUGUCGCGUUAUCGCACACAAGAGGAGGAGGCGGAGGAGGUCGCCGAGAGAAAGGGGGAUAAAAAGCCAGUCAUGCUAUGAGGUUAGGGUGAAAGCCGGAGCGUCUUCUUGUAAAAGAAGCCCGUUGAUAUUUAAUUGUGCACAGGAGAAGAAGAAGAGGAGAAGAAGAAGAGGAGGAGGAGGGAAGAAGGGGAAGGGAAGCCCAGAGAAGCGAGAAAAAAGCGGGGUCCACGAUGCAGCUGGCCGCGGUGCUGUGGGGCGCCCUCCUAACUUUGCUUCUCAGCCGGAGUCCAGGAGUUCAGGGCAGCACUGAGUGCUCAUGUGGGAGGAACCACUUUACGUGUGCAGUCAGUGCAUUCGGGGAGUGUACCUGCAUCCCAGCCCAGUGGCAGUGUGACGGAGACAACGAUUGCGGGGACCACAGUGACGAGGAUGGAUGCAUGCUCCCCACCUGCUCACCGCUGGACUUCCACUGUGACAAUGGCAAAUGUAUCCGUCGCUCUUGGGUGUGUGAUGGAGACAACGACUGCGAGGAUGACUCCGACGAACAAGACUGCCCUCCCAGGGAGUGUGAGGAGGACGAGUUUCACUGUCAAAACGGCUACUGUAUUCGCAGCCUCUGGCACUGUGAUGGCGACAACGACUGUGGGGACAACAGUGAUGAACAGUGUGACAUGCGUAAAUGCUCAGACAAGGAGUUCCGCUGCACGGACGGGAGUUGCAUUGCUGAGCACUGGUACUGUGAUGGAGACACGGACUGUAAAGAUGGAUCAGAUGAGGAAAAUUGCCCUUCAGAUGUGAUGACAGCCACCUGCAGCGUGGAGGAGUUCCAGUGCGCAUAUGGCCGCUGUAUCCUGGACAUCUACCACUGUGACGGAGAUGAUGACUGCGGAGACUGGUCGGAUGAAUCGGACUGCUCUUCACAUCAGCCAUGCAGAUCAGUGGAAUUCAUGUGCAGCAGCGGGAUGUGCAUCAAUGCUGCAUGGAGGUGCGAUGGCGAGCACGACUGUGACGACCGUUCAGAUGAGAAGAACUGCACCACGUCCAUGUGCACGGCCGAUCAGUUCCGCUGUGGAACUGGACGCUGUGUCCGGUUGUCAUGGAGAUGCGAUGGCGAGGACGACUGCUCGGAUCGCAGCGAUGAAGAGGGCUGUGAGAAAACUGACAGUCCUCCAUGUGCCCCUGAUCAGUUCCAGUGUGGGAAUGGCCGUUGUAUAGGCCUGCGGAAGGUUUGCAAUGAGGUCAAUGAUUGUGGUGACGGGACUGAUGAACACCCACACCAUGACUGCCGGCCACGCUCCAACGAGGGCAACUGUAACCAGAAUAACGGAGGCUGCUCCCAGAAGUGUCAGAUGGUGAGAGGACUGGUCCAGUGCACCUGUCACACUGGAUACCGACUGAUGGACGACGGCAAAACCUGCCAGGAUGUGGAUGAGUGUGCUGAAGAAGGCUACUGCAGUCAGGGCUGUACCAACACAGAGGGGGGCUUCCAGUGCUGGUGUGUUCAGGGCUACGAGCUCCGACCUGACAAGCGCAGCUGCAAAGCUCUGGGUCCCGAGCCAGUGCUGCUGUUUGCCAACCGCAUCGAUAUCCGUCAGGUUUUGCCACAUCGCUCCGAGUACACCUUGCUGCUCAACAACCUGGAAAACGCCAUCGCUCUGGACUUCCAUCAUAGUCUUGAACUAGUCUUCUGGUCAGAUGUGACUCUGGACCGCAUCAUGAAAGCUAACCUCAACGGCUCCAAUGUGGAGGAGGUCGUCUCCACCGGUCUGGAGAGCCCAGGUGGACUGGCCAUAGACUGGAUCCAUGACAAGUUAUACUGGACAGACUCUGGGACGUCCCGUAUUGAGGUGGCAAACCUGGAUGGGACACACCGCAAAGUACUGAUCUGGCAGAACAUGGAGAAGCCCAGAGCCAUUGCACUGCACCCCAUAGAGGGUAAGAUCUACUGGACCGACUGGGGUAACACACCUCGCAUCGAGUACUCCAACAUGGACGGCUCAAACCGCCGUGUCAUAGCAGACACACACCUGUUCUGGCCCAACGGCCUCACCAUAGACUACGCUGGCCGCCGCAUGUACUGGGUGGAUGCCAAGCACCAUGUCAUUGAGAGAGCUGACCUGGACGGACGCAACCGCAAGGCCGUCAUCAGCCAAGGCCUUCCCCACCCAUUUGCCAUCACAGUGUUUGAGGACAGCCUCUACUGGACUGACUGGCACACCAAAAGCAUCAACAGCGCUAACAAAUUCACAGGAAAGAACCAAGAGAUAAUCCGCAACAAGCUGCACUUUCCCAUGGACAUCCACACACUGCACCCACAGAGGCAGCCUGCAGGUGGCAGGAACCGCUGUGGCACCAACAAUGGAGGCUGCAGCCACCUGUGUCUCCCCAGCAACAAGACGUACACCUGUGCUUGUCCCACCGGCUUCAAGAAGGUGGACAGUUACAGCUGUGCCACUGGUCUUGACAAGUUCCUGCUUUUUGCCCGAAGGACGGACAUCCGACGAAUCAGCUUCGACACAGAGGAUAUGUCCGAUGAUGUCAUUCCUCUGGCUGACGUGCGCAAUGCCGUGGCGCUGGACUGGGACUCCAAAGACGGCUACAUCUACUGGACAGACGUCACCACCGACUCCAUCAACAGAGCACUGUGGAACGGCACCAAGCAGGAGGUGGUGGUGGAAACCAGUCUGGAAAGUCCAGCAGGUUUAGCAAUUGACUGGGUGACCAACAAGCUCUACUGGACUGAUGCUGGUACUGACCGUAUCGAGGUUUCUAAUGCCAAUGGGAGCAUGCGGACUGUCCUGAUAUGGGAGAACCUGGACCGACCGCGGGACAUUGUAGUUGAUCCGAUCGGAGGCUUCAUGUACUGGACUGACUGGGGGGCCAACCCAAAGAUCGAGCGUGCGGGAAUGGACGCCUCCAACCGAAUUGUCAUCAUUUCAUCCAAUCUGACGUGGCCCAAUGGGCUCGCCAUUGACUAUGAGACCAAACGCCUGUACUGGGCCGAUGCUGGCAUGAAAACUAUUGAAUAUGGCAACUUUGAUGGUUCUGACAGACAGGUUUUGAUUGGGACUCAGCUGCCUCACCCCUUUGGCUUAACUGUACAUGAGGACAAGCUGUACUGGACAGACUGGCAAUCCAAGAGCAUUCAAAGCGCUGACAAGCUCACCGGGUUGGGGCGUCACACACUGGCUGAAAACCUAGAGAAUCUAAUGGACAUCCAUAUGUUCCAUCGACACCGUGAGACAGUGCAUAACCCGUGUGCGGUGAAUAAUGGAGGCUGCAGCCACCUCUGUCUCCUGGCGCCUGCUCCCAAAGCCUCCAGCUGUGCCUGCCCCACUGGCAUCAACCUGCAGACGGAUGGAAAGACCUGCACACCUGGCAUGAGCAGCUUCCUGAUAUUUGCACGUAGGACUGACAUCAGGAUGGUUUCUCUGGACAUCCCCUACUAUGCUGAUGUGGUUUUGGCCAUCAAUAGCACCAUGAAAAAUACUAUUGCCAUUGGUGUUGACCCCAAAGAAGGAAAAGUCUACUGGUCUGACAGUACGCUGAAGAAAAUCAGCAGAGCCAACAUCAAUGGGAUAUCACACGAAGACAUCAUAUCUACAGGGCUGAUGACGACUGAUGGUUUAGCAGUGGAUGCUGUUGGCAGGAAGAUCUACUGGACGGAUACAGGUACCAACCGCAUCGAGGUAGCCAACCUGGACGGCUCCAUGAGGAAGGUUUUGGUCUGGCAAAAUCUUGACAGCCCUCGAGCAAUCGCCCUCUACCACGAGAUGGGAUAUAUGUACUGGACAGACUGGGGAGAGCAUGCUAAGCUUGAGCGCUCAGCGAUGGAUGGCUCAGACCGUGUGGUGCUCAUCAGUAACAACUUGGGCUGGCCUAAUGGCCUGGCCAUUGAUAUGGCUGGCUCUCAAUUACUGUGGGCUGAUGCACACACUGAGCGCAUUGAAGCGUCUGACCUCAAUGGGCAGAACCGCCGCACCCUUGUGACUCCAGUCCAACACCCAUAUGGUUUAACCCUGCUGGGGUCCCACAUCUACUGGACCGACUGGCAGAGCCGAAGCAUCCAGCGAGCCGACAAGAACUCCGGGGCCAACACCAUCACAGUGCGAGCCAACCUGCCAGGCCUGAUGGACAUCCAGGCUGUAGACAGGGAGAAGCCACUCGGCUUUAAUAAGUGCGGGAGAAGGAACGGAGGUUGCACACACCUGUGCCUUCCUCGUCCCAACGGCACUUCCUGCGCCUGUCCCACUGGGAUUCUGCUCAAGGGAGAUGGUAGGUCAUGUGACGAUUCCCCGGAGACAUACCUGCUCUUCUCCAACCGCGUGAGCGUGCGCAGAAUCUCUCUGGACACCAAUGACCACACUGACAUACACGUCCCGGUGCUCGAGCUGCACAACGUCAUCUCAUUAGACUAUGACAGCGUUGAUGGGAAACUUUACUACACCGAUGUCACCCUGGAUGUUAUAAGGCGCGCUAACCUGGAUGGCAGUGGCAUGGAGACGGUGAUCAGCCAGGGCCUGAAGACUACAGAUGGACUCGCUGUGGACUGGGUUGCCAGAAACAUGUACUGGACCGACACCGGGCGCAACACCAUUGAGGUGGCCCGCCUGGAUGGAACUAGCCGCAAAGUCCUAGUCAACAACAGCUUGGAUGAACCCCGAGCUAUUGCAGUGUUUCCAAGCAAAGGGUUUCUGUUCUGGACUGACUGGGGCCACAUCGCGAAGAUUGAGCGAUCUCACCUGGACGGCUCAGACCGGAAGGUUCUGAUCAAUACAGACCUGGGUUGGCCCAACGGCCUAACACUAGACUACGACACACGAAGGAUCUUCUGGGUAGAUGCCCACUUGGACAGAAUCGAGAGUUCUGACCUGAAUGGGAAGCUGCGUCAGGUCCUCAUCAGCCCGGUGUCCCACCCGUUCGCCCUCACACAGUCGAAGCCGGUGUCCUCCCCUCUAACUCCUUUCUCCCGACUCUCGCAGCAAGACCGCUGGAUCUACUGGACGGACUGGCAGACUAAGUCCAUCCAGCGGGUGGACAAACACACCGGCCGUAACAAGGAAACCGUGCUGGCCAACGUGGAAGGCCUCAUGGACAUUAUAGUGGUAUCUCCUAACAGACAGACAGGUACUAACCUCUGUGGGAUCAAUAACGGCGGUUGCACUCACCUUUGCUUUGCCAAGACCAACAGUUUUGUAUGCGCCUGCCCUGAUGAACCAGACGGGCGACCGUGCUCCACAAUUUCAGGUUACAUCCCCACCUCUCCUGCCAGAGGGCCCAGCAGCACUCCUGUCCCUAACAAGAUCCCUAAAGCUCCCACAGACAUCCCACAGAGAGGACCCUCACUGGUCAACUGCACUGACAAGAACCUAAACAUAGAGGGGUGUAUGAACACUGUGGUGACAGCUCCUCACGGAGAGGGACUUCAUGUCAGCUAUGUUAUCGGUGGGGUUCUGACCAUUCUGGCGAUUCUGAUCCUCAUUGCUGCUUUGAUCAUUUACAGACACAAAAAGUCAAAGUUUGCUGACCCAGGAGUGAGCAAUCUGACCUACAGUAACCCCUCGUACCGGACGUCCACACAAGAGGUCAAGAUCGAGGCAUCUCAGAAGCCUCCAAUAUACAACCAGCUUCGAUAUAAGAAAGAGGGGGGAGUGGACGGAGGCUACACCAAGGAGAAGAUCCGCAUCGUGGAGGGCGUGUGCCUCCUGUCCAAUGAUGAGCUUUACUGGGACGACCUGAAACAGAUCAAGCCGUCCCGAGGCGGGCUGCACACCUGCAUGCGCACAGACACCGUGUCCCUGCAGGCCAGCAGCGCUUCGCUAGACGACGGUGAGACGGAGCAGCUCCUCCAGGAGGAGGCGUCUGAAUGCUCGUCCAUAACCACCCUGACCCCUUCUGCCAUCACCCCGCAGCGUCACGCCCAGCACAGCCUGCCCGACACCGGCUGGGUCUCCGUACGCAAGCCCUCCACCGAGAGCGAAGUGUGAAGGAGGCCCCCCGCCCUCUGUGCUUUAUCUCGACCAUCAUUACCUAAUAUACACAUGCAGUCACCUGUAUUUAGAGCUGGUACAAACACACAAAGAUGAAUAGGUACAGAACACAGUAACAGCUGCAUAUGUAAACUAAUGGUACAUAUCAACCUGGUUAGACACAACUAAGCUACAAAACACACAUGUCCUGUCUUUAAAAUUGGGGCUCCGUCCUACUUGUCCACACGUGCAGUAUCCUCAGUGCUGCUGCCUCGAGGCAAAAAUGGAGCGUGCUGGAAUAAGAAAAACAAAGGACUCUGGGGAGGAAGUGAACAGAGAGACACAAGCGUUAACGUGGAACCUUUUUUUUUUUUUUUUUUUUAAGGAUACAGACUCUCAGUGCGACGCUUCUCUGUAUACGACUUCACCUUUCUUUUUCUUUGUUUUUCAUCCUGGACGGAGCUAAAGCAACAUACCCCCCGGACGACGUAACCACAGAGUUCCCUCUAAUGCCACUCAUGUCUUUAUGAACUAUAUUUAUGAACAUGUUUGUGGGUUUUUUUGUUGUUUUUUUUUAAUUUGUAGAGUGGGUUUGCUGACUUUCAGAGAAUGAUGAGUGCGCUAAGCUAGAAGUUUUAUUUUUGUGCAGCAGCACCUGUUUUUUUUCCUUUUUUAAUUAAUUUUAUUUUUCAAGAGUUGUAUUUAUGACAGUGCCAAAGGGUGGGGCUUCAGAGUCUCCAUGCUUCUUUCUCCAUUUCACACUUCAAACAGAGAUUUAUUCUCAUUCUGGGAUGUUUGUUUCCUCUGACUUGCCCCCCCUCAACCUCACCGGUGUGGGAGACCUCAGUGUUGGCAUCUGCUUCUUUACAGCCUCCAAGGGAUUAAACUAGAAAUGACUGUAGCAGGUUCUCUCAGUUGGCUGCAGGAGGCCCUCCAUUUUCUGUUUAAAGUUAUACUUCAGUUAUCGCUGAUCCUCGGGCAGAGCGGAAGUCACCUCGAUGAAGUAACAGCCUAAGUGCCAAAUGUUGAAUUCUUUUUCCCACUUCAGCUGUAUAUUUAUUUCUCCUCAGAUGCACAUGCACAUGGCAUUUUCUCACUUAUAUACUCCACAGAUAAAGCUGGUGAGCGAUGCAGAUACUUGUAAGGUUGUAUGAAUCCAGGUAUUAAACGUAUGUCUCAGUUUUUUUCUGUCCAAAAACACCGGGGGUUUCUCUGAAACCACUUUAUUUCGUCGGUCUUUCCAAAAGAAAAGAAUUUGCUUUCUAAGUAGGUGAUUGGUUUUUUUGUGUUUUUAUUUUUGUUUUUUUCCCCCAUUGCUGAUGUGCUUGCGAAACACAUUUUUGUAACCAGUAUGUGUAAUAUCCACUCACCUUCUCCACUAAUAUGAGAUUUUUCUUACUCUGCUUGAUAACUGAUAGCAAGUAACAAUAACAGAAAUAUUAGAUGAACAAGUCAUGAGUAACAAACGUUUUAGAUUUUUAGAUCACCACAAAUAACAGUGUGAAGCAAGUCUUGCCUCUCAGCAGCCAUCUUUGAACAUUUAUUUUGAAGACUCUAUGUAAAUGUAUCUGGAAAAACCCUCGUCCUUAACUUCUAUGUUCAUAUGGCCAUAAAAAGCCAUGUGAACAGAUUUUUGAUGAAGAUCUGACUGGAAAAACGUUAGUUAACUUUGUUCUGUUAUCUGCUUCUGACUGCUGACACGAUCAGCGUGUCUGCUGUUGUUGCUGCUCGUUCAGAUUAUGAAUACAGCAAAAUAAAAGAUUUUUAACAAGGUAUCUUACCCACACCUUAUACGCCUGUGGGUUAGUGCACCUUUACCAUGUUCAUGGGUCAGUGCUUACGAGAUGAUUGGCUAAGUCUGGCUCUUUGGGGGCAGACGCAGCACUGCUGCCAUCUUUAGCAUUUCAAAAUUAGCCCAUAGAUUUGUGGCCAGUGUUAUAUAACGUUUCUAGUUUGAAUUAAGUGUUUUUACUUCCUCAAAGUUCCACUUUUCACUUUCUAUUAGCAACCAAGCUUCAGAGGCAAAGAUAUAUUUAAAAAAAAAAAUUAAAAAAUCUUGGCACAUACAACCAAAAUCUUGGCACAUACAACCAGAAGUAUCUGCUCGGCCAGAAACACUUGGAAGUAAAUGAGAAAAUUUGUGCUUUUGGUCGUUUGAGUUUAACUCCAUCAUAUCGGAUUCUGUGAGGUGCGCUCACAGUGUCUGCCACAGCACAGUGCAACAAAAGGGGUAACUUUGUGCACGCUGUGUGUUGAAAAAUUUAUCAGACAGCUUACUGAGAAGUGAAUUUAAUGGCUAUCUCGCAUUGCUUUAUUUUUAGCGCCCCAUUCUGCCUGUCGAUUGUGGUGCAAAUGAAAAUACUAUAUUGCUAUAUGGACAAAUAUAUCUUUGACACAUUAUAGAAUCGUGUAUUUUGAAGUAUCUGCUACAAGCUCAGCAACAUGCUGAUCUGCUGCUAGACGAAGCACUGAGGCCAAUGAGAGAGGGGCUUGGCAGCUACAUGACUACAGUCUCUGAUGGUUGGUCGAAGGCAGGCCUACAGAGCAUCAUAGCGACCCAGGAUCCAGUAAUCCACACUCACAGUCCCUCCAACUCUGCUGCAGGAAUGCUAAAACUGUACAGAUUUUAUCACGCGGAUGUAAGCAAACAUUUUUGUUGAUACUGGGCUGAGUUGUAUAGUCUUUUGUACAAAGGGAUUUCAUGACCGUUUUUAGACUUGUAUUAAUUUUACUCACUGGAAAAGAACAAUGUUUUUGGUUUUUUUUGUUUUUUGUUUUGUUUUUGCUGGAUUAUUUUAACCACUGUGUUCCCAAGCCUUGUAAAUGAUAGGGAAGAUGCCAGUUAUUUAAUAGUGCUCUUUUAUCUUAUGAAAUACUGGUCACGUAUAGCUGUUGUAAAGUUAACAAAAAGAGAUAUUUAUGAUUUUCGUUUUCGUUGUCACUUGAUGUGUAAAUAUGAAAAGACUGUAUAUGUAUGGCAGUACUAACAAGCUGUGUUGUGUGAUAUAGUGAAUUAUCCCUUUGCUAUCUUUUAAUAUAAAAUUGCAUUUGCAUUUCAAUGAAA